UUAUUUUAUUUAGGGUGAACCUCUCCGUGUAUUAUACUAAUCAGUAAUCCAAAUGAAAAGAUUAAUAUGAAGAUUGACGUUGAAUAUAGUAUUGACGCGGUUGUCUUAACUCCUAAGUCUUGCUCCCAUAAAUACCUGACAACAAGUCUUCUCCGAUAUUCAUUGAAACUUUGUUCAUCAAAAAUAUCCCACCAAACCAAACACGCUGAUGGAUCGUCGCCACCACCGCCCCGCCGGCGGGCACCACCACCACCCAGCCCCUCCAGUCCACCACCACCACCCACCACCCCCACCUGUAGUACACCACCACCCACCACACCACCACCACCCGACUCCCGUAGUUGUGUUUCCGUCGCCACCUGCUCCCGUGGUGGUGGUAGACCACCACCACCACUCUCCGCCGCCAGUCGACAUCUUCAGCAGACCCUCCGUCAAGAUGUACUGCAAGGCCGAUCCUACCUACUCUCUCUCCAUAAGCCACGGCACGGUCAUUCUUGUACGCUCAAAUCCCACCGACCCCCUCCAGCACUGGAUAAAAGAUGACAAGUACAGCAUGACAGUGAGGGAUCAAGAAGGAUUGCCAAGUUUUGCUUUGGUCAACAAAGCUACCGGCCAGGCCUUGAAGCAUUCUAUUGGUGCUAACCACCCUGUGCAACUGGUUCAAUACAAUCCUAAUACUCUUGAUGAAUCCAUCUUGUGGACGGAGAAGGACUUGGGUGAUGGCUACAAGGCAGUGCGAAUGGUGAACAACAUUCGCCUAAAUGUCGAUGCUCUGCACGGCGAGAGGCAUCACGGUGGGGUCCACGAUGGCUCCACAGUCGUGCUCGGAGAAUGGAAGAAAGGAGAGAACCAGCGUUGGAGGAUCGAUUACCACUGUAAGUGAUACGAUAAUAAAAGACCAACAGAUCUCAUUCCAUAUAUGUUACGAAUAGCAUUUAAAUACACAAACUUUCACCAAAUUUUGAUUUUUAAGUGAACUAAAAAUUUUGCCCUCAUAUACACAAACUUAUUUUUCACACGGUUGUCAAUUGAACUCAACAUUUCAAAAUUAAUGUUGAGUUGGACAUCUGAAAAUGUCUACAUGGCUUAAAUGUCUGAUGUACUAAAUGGGGUAGUUGGAUGUCUACGUUGGCUUAAAUGGCUGAUGUACUAAAUGGGGUAGUUGGAUGUCUACGUUAUUUUAGGUAGCCAUGAUGACACUAAUUUGCCAAAAAUUAAUUAUUAUGUGAAGAAUUAAAACAAUUGAAAGUUUGUGUAUUUUGAGGCAAUUUUUUUUUGUUCAUAUGCAAAAAAAGUUUAUGAAAGUUUGUAUGCUUCGACGCGAUUUACCCCAUCUUCUUAUUAGGGAAAGUUAGCUUGUUAUGUUCUUGAAAAUGUUUCACAACUCUUAUUUAUUCUCUAGGAUAUAUACGCCUGCCGCUGUUGCUGUGGAACUGUUCGUUUUUGCUGGCGUUUAUGAUUAUAAUGUACGCACCAUCAUCACUUCACCGGCACGAUCAUACUUUGAUUUGCUGCUGCCAUGAGAAGUUAUGUACGUAUCUAAUAUCAAUAAACAUAGUAAGCUUUGAGCUUCAUGUAGUUUACGUAUAUGUAGUUGCUGCCAUCCUUGGACUUGUACUCUACAUUUGUAUGUAUAGUAUGUAAUCUUAUUGAGACAAUAUGGUGAUAUCUUUGACAAUAAGUUUUUAUUGGGACA